AUGAUUUUAGAUGUGUGGAAGUGCUUGAAAUUCUUUUCUGUUAUUGUUGAGGUGGUCUUUAUGAUAAUUCUCUAUUAGUAGGACUACUAUGUUAUAAUUGUAAUAUUUUUUAAAUCUAAUUAUAAUUAAUAUGAUUAACAUAGUUCCUAUCCAUUAAAGAUCUUUCUGACAAUAAAGUUCUCAAAGUUGGAUUAUUAUCCUAAUUUCUUAAAGAUGGAGCNGUUAUUUCAAACCAAAUGGUAGCAAUUAUUAUUAAGCAUAUGGAAGUGGAGAAUGCAGUGGUUAUGUUGCAUCAGAUAUUGUGAAUAUACAAAAUACAGUAAUAAACACAACAUUUACUAUGAUGUUUGCAACAAUGGAGUAAGGGUUUUCAUUCCCAACUAUAAUGGAUGGGAUAAUGGGUAUUUCUAACAAUCAAUCAUUUACAAAUAUCUUUUAAGCGUCUUUUAAAGCUGGUUAGAUAAAAACUGAAUUGUAUGGCUUAGUAUUCAAUUAACCUCCUUUGAAUUCUUAUUUGAUUUUUGGAUAAAUAAAUCCAUCCUUAAUGAAUUAAGUAUAAUGGGUAACUCCUAAUGACAUUUAUAGAUGGAAAUUAUUUAUUAAUAAGUUUACGAUAAAUGGAUAAGAUUAUUCAUCAUAAAUGGGAUCAGUUACAUCUGCUAUUUUGGAUUCUGGAACAGCAGAUUUAAUAGUAACAGAAGCACUUUAUGGAAUUUUAUUAAAAACUUACUUGAUACCUGCAGGAUGUAUUUAGAGUGGCAGCCUUUAUUGUCCUUGUUAACCAACAGCAUAGGAAUUGUAAUAUCUACCAAAUAUUACAGUUUCAUUUAAUGUAGUAGAUGUUACUAUUCCCUUUUUUAAUUUAUUAUAAAAUUAUUAUGUUGCACGUUAGUAUUAAAUAUUAUAAUAUUAGCUUAGGGAUAAUAGUGUUAAGUCAUGCUCACUUAUACAAGUGGCCCUCCUUUUAUGGUCUUUGGUGAUCCUGCUUUAUUAUCUAUAAUUCCUAUAUUUAAUAAGACAGCAAAUUAAAUUGGUAUUAUUGGAGGAGUUGCUAAUGGUAUACCAAAUGGAGAUUAUCCUGGAAAUGAGGAAAUAGAUGAAGCUUGA